AUGUCAAAAUUAAAGAAUGUAGCUUAGGCAGCUUCAGUUGGUUUGCACUAGAAUGACUCAUUAAAAGAAAUUAGCAGGCUUUUACCAUGGAAUUUGAAGUCCUAUCUUAUGAAGAAAGAUGUUCAAGAUCUUGAAGCACCAGUCAACCUAGAAAAAUACUUACCUUUGCAGUUUUAUAAUAGUCUUUACAAAGAUUAUGCUGAGGCAUUGUAUGAAAAUGAUUUUUAGACAUUGAGAAGAUUAUUAGAGCCUAAGUUUGCUUAAUAAGUGGGCAAUAAUUUGGAGACAUUAUUUAAGGACCACUUAAAUGAUUAGGAUUCAAGUAGAAAUGAACAGCAUAAAUAUAAUCUAAGAAUAUAGAAUAAUCGUAAAAAUAAAGAUCAUACUGAUGUCUUUCUUUACCAUAUUGAAAACUACAUGCUUAUUGGAUGUGACAUUGAUAGAAGAGAAAUUACCAAAGACAAGAAAUUUUAGAUUAUUGAAGAUGAAAAAAUUACUCUUGAUGUCCCAUAAAACAUUUAAGGCUAAAUGAUGCUGAUUAAAUAAGAGAUUCCAGUAAAGUAAGUCAUUGAAGUGGAUAAAGUAAGCAAAAAUACCAAGUCAAUUUUAAUGAUGAGGAUGCAUCUACUGGUCUCAUCUUACUUGAAUCUUUAUGUUGAAGAUCCAAAUAGUUUAAAUCAAGUAAUUGGCAACAAGAUCACUCAGUUUUCUGAAGAAAACAUGAAAUCACACACAAUGAUAGUUGACAAAAAAGUAGCAGAACUCUAUUUGGGAGACGCUUUGCUAGAUUAGUAAACACAAAUUGAUGAGCGAUUAAUAAAAUCAUUUGGAAAAUAAGAAGAAGCUUAUAUUUCAGAUUUUGAUGGAUUUAUGAAAGGCAAUCAUUUCCUUAGCUUUUGA